AUGGGGUUUGGUCAGAGGAUACGAGUCUCCAUAUGGGCCUUUAUGUUAGGUGUCUGCUGUGCCAAACAACAAGCAUUUACUACUAAUACUCCAUCUGGAACAGUGAACUUGAUCCUGCCACUGACAACAAGCCCAGUAAUAACAUCCUUCAACCCUGCUCACAAUGGCCGCGUAUGCAGUACGUGGGGCAAUUUCCACUUCAAGACUUUUGAUGGGGACAUCUUUUACUUCCCUGGGCUCUGCAAUUACGUCUUUGCAUCCCACUGCAAUGCUGCCUAUGAGGAUUUCAACAUCCAAAUCAGGCGCACAAUGGUGAAAAAUGCUCCUACUAUCAACCAUAUCACCAUGAAGCUCGAUGGGGUGGUUUUUGAAAUGACAAAGAACUUGGUUGUUGUCAAUGGCAACAGGGUUCAGCUGCCUUACAGCCAGUCUGGAAUCCUGGCUGAGAGAAGCAGCAGGUAUACAAAAGUGACUGCCAAAAUGGGCCUGGUUUUCAUGUGGAAUGAAGAUGACAGCAUCCUGCUGGAACUGAGUGACAAAUAUGCCAAUUAUACCUGUGGGCUUUGUGGGGACUUCAAUGGUAUUCCAACUUACAAUGAGUUCUUUUCAAACAAUGCCAAGCUGACUGCCACGCAGUUUGGAAAUAUGCAAAAGAUGGAUGGGCCAACAGAAGUCUGUGAAGAUCCUACAUCAUCCUCCCUAAACAACUGCACGGGCAAUAUUGAUGACAUUUGCCAUAAAGUAUUGACUGGCCCUGCAUUUUCAGAAUGUAAUACACUAGUUGAGGUUAGCGAGUACAUUAAGUCUUGUGAACAAGACUUGUGCCGCUGUGAUCAGUCUAAGAAUGCCUUCUGUAUUUGUAACACCUUUGGUGAAUACUCCCGGCAGUGUGCCCAUGCCGGUGGACAACCUCGAAACUGGAGAACCCCACAACUGUGUCCCAAGACGUGUCCUUUCAACAUGGAGUACCAGGAAUGUGGAUCCCCCUGCAUUGACACCUGCACCAACCGGGAAAGAGCUCAAGUCUGUGAAGAUCACUGUAUAGAUGGCUGCUUCUGUCCCGCAGGAACUGUGCUUGAUGACAUUAACAAUGCUGGCUGCAUCCUCCUUUCGGAGUGCUCCUGUACUUACAAUGGCAACUCUUAUGCUCCAGGGACAUCUUUUGACACCCACUGCCGUUCCUGUACCUGCAAUGGAGGCCUGUGGAAUUGCAAAGACAUUCCAUGCCCUGGAUCUUGUACAGUAGAGGGAGGUUCACACAUCUCCACAUAUGAUGAAAAACGUUACAAUGUCCAUGGAGACUGCACUUAUGUUUUGUCUAAGCUCUGUGAAAAUGACACAUUCGCUGUUCUGGGAGAACUCCGCAGAUGUGGCUUGACAGACACUGAGACAUGCUUAAAGAAAAUACUCCUCAGCAUUAAUGGAGGACAAACUAUCAUUACAAUCAACUCUGGAGGUGGAGUGUUUGUGAAUUGGAUCUACACUCUGUUGCCCUUCUCAGCAGCCAAUGUCACCAUUUUCAGACCCUCAUCCUUCUUCAUCAUGGUGGAAACAAACGUUGGACUUCAACUGGAGAUCCAACUUGUACCCAUCAUGCAAGCGUUUGUGCGACUGGAUCCAUCUUUCAAAAGGCAGACUUGCGGUCUCUGUGGAAACUUCAACGAUAUUGGGGCUGAUGACUUCAAAGCCAUAAGUGGUGUAGUGGAAGGAACAGCAGCUGCAUUUGCUAAUACCUGGAAAACACAGGCUAUAUGCCCUAAUAUCGAAAACUACUUUGAGAAUCCUUGUGCCCUCAGCGUAGAAAAUGAAAAGUAUGCUCAGCACUGGUGCGGAUUGCUGACGGACAGCACAGGACCUUUUGCCAAUUGCCACUCCACAGUCAAUCCAACUGUUUACCACACGAACUGUCUGUUUGACACCUGUAAUUGUGAAAAGAGUGAGGACUGCAUGUGUGCCGCCCUCUCUUCCUAUGUGAGAGCCUGUGCUGCCAAAGGAGUCCAGCUGGAGGGAUGGAGGACUGAUGUCUGUUCCAAAUACACAACCUCGUGUCCCAAAUCGUUGAGCUACAGCUAUAACAUCAGUUCCUGUCAACCCACUUGCCGGUCUCUGAGUGAGCCUGAUGUCACAUGUAACAUCAGGUUCCUUCCAGUUGAUGGUUGCACCUGUGAAAAAGGAACCUACAUGGAUGAAUAUGGCAAAUGUGUGUCUGCUAGCAAAUGUCCUUGUUAUUACAAAGGAUCUCCCAUUCUCUCUGGGGAAGUUGUUCAUGAAGAUGGUCUUGUAUGCACUUGUGCACAGGGUAGACUGAGCUGCAUUGGAGCUGUGAACCAAAUCCCAGUUUGCGCUCCUCCCAUGGUCUACUUUGACUGCAGAAAUGUCACUGCAGGCACCACUGGAGCCGAAUGCCAGAAGAGCUGCCAGACGCUGGACAUGCAGUGUUACAGCACACAGUGUAUGUCUGGCUGCAUGUGCCCGUCUGAGCUAGUGUCAGAUGGUAAAGGCAGCUGUAUUGCUGAAGAGGAAUGUCCAUGUAUUCACAACGAGGCUACCUACAAACCAGGGGAAGAGAUCAAAGUUGACUGCAACACCUGCGUGUGUAAGAACAGGAUGUGGAAAUGCACCAGUGAACAAUGCCUUGGUACGUGCGCUGUUUAUGGAGAUGGGCAUUACAUCACAUUUGAUGACAAAUGGUUUAACUUCAAUGGAGAUUGUGAAUACACAUUAGUCCAGGACCACUGUGGGAAAAACAGCACAGUCAAUGGAACCUUUCGAGUUGUCACUGAAAACAUCCCCUGUGGCUCCACUGGGACUACCUGCUCUAAGUCUAUUAAAGUCUUCCUAGCGGGCUAUGAGUUGAUACUCAGUGAGGAACACCUUGAAGUGGUAGAAAGAGAAAAUGGAAGGCAAAUGCCGUACGAAGUCCGCUAUAUGGGCAUGUACUUAGUUAUUGAGACCAACAAUGGACUGAUCCUCAUGUGGGAUAAGAAAACCAGCAUCUUCAUCAAACUCAGCCCUGAUUUCAAGGGUCAGGUCUGUGGCCUGUGUGGGAACUACGAUGGCAAUGGCAUUAAUGACUUUACCACCAGAAGUCAGUCUGUGGUAGGAGAUGUGCUGGAGUUUGGAAACAGCUGGAAAGUGUCUCUUACUUGUCCUGUUGCCAACUCUGCAAAGGACCCGUGCUCUACCAACCCUUAUAGGAAGUCCUGGUCACAGAAGCAGUGCAGCAUCAUCAACAGUGAAGUCUUUGCUGCAUGUCACUCUCAGAUUGACCCAACUAAAUAUUACGAAGCAUGCGUGACUGAUGCUUGUGCUUGUGACAGUGGGGGAGACUGUGAAUGUUUCUGUACAGCAGUAGCUGCAUAUGCUCAAGCAUGUAGUGAAUUUGGUGUCUGUGUAGCCUGGAGAACUCCAUCAAUCUGUCCUAUGUUCUGUGAUUAUUACAACCCAGAAGGGGGAUGCGAGUGGCACUACAAGCCUUGUGGAGCCCCCUGCAUGAAGACCUGUAGGAAUCCAAGUGGAAGAUGCCUUCAUAAGUUACCAGGUUUAGAAGGCUGCUAUCCAAACUGUCCAGCAAACAAGCCAUAUUUCAAUGAGGAUGAGAUGACAUGUGUUGAUAACUGUGGCUGUUAUGAUGCUGAAGGAAACUACCACAAACCAGGAGUGAGCUUCUACUCACGGGACAACUGUCAGUCAUGUACAUGCACAGUGGAAGGCUUAGCGUGCAAAUUUGAUGCUGAAGCAUGUUAUUGCUAUUAUGAAGAACACAAAUAUAAAUAUAAGGAUGUCAUUUAUAACACCACAGAUGGGAUUGGAGGGUGUUUGAGUGCAACUUGUGACAUCAACGGAACCAUAACCAGAAAAUUCUUUGAAUGCAGUGGAAUUACAACUACCAUCCCAUUCACAUUUAGUACAGUUCUACCUACGAGUGCUGCAGGAACAACAACUACACCACCAGUUACAACAGUGUGUGUUCACAACGUAUGCCAAUGGUCACAAUGGUAUGAUGUCAGCUCUCCAAUAACAGACAACAACAAUGGAGAUUUUGAAACAUUUGAAAAUAUAAAAGAUAAAGGAUAUAGAGUUUGCGAAACUCCAAACGAUGUGGAAUGCAGGGCAGAACCCAACAGUUCCAUACAAAUGAAAGACCUGAAACAAAAGAUAACAUGUAGCAAAGACUUAGGACUCAUAUGUAAUAAUGAGGAUCAGAGUCCAGAAAUCUGCUACAACUAUCAGAUCAGAAUAUUAUGUUGUACUUAUGUACCAUGUGAAUCUUCAACAUCAACCCCAUCAGUCAAAACUAGUGGACACCCAACAGUAACAGCUACCUCACUUGAGUCAAUACCAGUUUCAAAUCCAACUGUGUCAAUAAGUACAGAAGGUCCAACUCCAUUCCCACUUCCCACGACUUCAUCUGUCACCACCACGCUUGUGCCCCCAGUUUCCACAACAGUAUCAGUCACUUCCACUGCAUCUCCUACAACUCCAGGAACAGCAACAGGUUCAGCUGGUACAGCACCACUGCAAACAGGCACAAUCCCACCUCUGACAGGCACGCGUCCACAACCUUCACCAGGCUCCACCAUUCCUCCUUUGGGACAAACAACCACAGAAGGCACCACACUACUCUCUACGCAGCCAACACCACAAGGAAGAACCACCACGCUUGUACCCCCAGUUUCCAUUACACUAUCAGUCAUCUCCACUAGAUCUCCUCCAACUCCAGGCACAGCAACAGUCACAGCUGGUACAGCACCAUUGCAAACAGGCACAAUCCCACAUGUGACAGGCACACGUCCACAACUUUCACCAGGUUCCACUCUUCCAUCUUCGGAACAACCAACCACUGAAGGCACCACACUACUCUCUACGCAGCCAACAUCACAAGGAAGCACCACCACACUUUUACCCCCAGUUUCCACUACAGUAUCAGUCACCUCCACUGCAUCUCCUCCAACUCCAGGAACAGGAAAAGGUUCAGCUGGUACAGCACCACUGCAAACAGGGACAAUCCCACCUCUGACAAGCACGCGGCCGCAACCUUCAUCAGGUUUCACUCUUCCUUUUUCAGAACAACCAACCACUGAAAGAACCACACUACUCUCUACGCAGCCAAUAUCAAAGGGAAGCACCACCACGCUUUUACCCCCAGUUUCCACUACAGUAUCAGUCACCUCCACUGCAUAUCCUCCAACUCCAGGCACAGCAACAGGCUCAGGGGGUACAGCACCACUGCAAACAGGCACAAUCCCACCUCAGACAGGCACGCGACCACAACCUUCACCAGGUUCCACCCUUCCUCCUUUGGGACAAACAACCACAGAAGGCACCACACUACUCUCUACACAGCCAACAUCUCAGGGAAGCACCACCACGCUUUUAACCCCAGUUUCCACUACAGUAUCAGUCACCUCCACUGCAUUUCCUCCAACUCCAGGCACAGCAACAAGCUCAGCUGGUACAGCACCACUGCAAACAGGCUCAAUCCCACCUGUGACAGGCACACGUCCACAACCUUCACCAGGUUCAACCCUUCCGCCUUUGAGACAAACAACCACUGAAGGCACCACUCUACUCUCUACGCAGCCAAUAUCACAAGAAACCACCACCACGCUUUUACCCCCAGUUUCCACAACCGUGUCAGUCACCUCCACUGCUUUGCCUCCAACUCCAGGCAAAGGAACAGGCUCAGCAGGUACAGUACCACUGCAAACAGGCACAAUCCCACCUGUGCCAGGCACGCGUCCACAACCGUCACCAGGUUCCACUCUUCCUUCUUCAGAACAACCAACCACUGAAGGCACCACACUACUCUCUACGCAGCCAAUAUCAGAGGGAAUCACCACCAUGCUCUUACCCCCAGUUUCCACUACUGUGUCAGUCACCUCCACUGCUUCGCCUCCAACUCCAGGCACAGCAACAGGCUCAGCUGGUACAGCACCACUGCAAACAGGCACAAUCCCACCGCUGACAGGCACGCGUCCACAACCUUCACCAGGUUCCAACCUUCCUCCCUUGGGACAAACAACCACUGAAGGCACCACACUACUCUAUAUGCAGCCAACAUCUCAGGGAAGCACCACCAUGCUUUUACCCCCAAUUUCCACUACCGUGUCAGUCACCUCCACUGCUUCGCCUCCAACUCCAGGCACAGCAACAGGCUCAGCUGGUACAGCACCACUGCAAACAAGCAAAAUCCCACCUCUGACAGGCACGCGACCACAACCUUCACCAGGUUCCACCCUUCCUCCUUUGGGACAAACAACCACUGAAGGCACCACACUACCCUCUACACAGCCAAUAUCAGAGAGAAGCACCACCACGCUUGUACCCCCAGUUUCCACUACUGUGUCAGUCACCUCCACUGCAUCUCCUCCAACUCCAGGCACAGCAACAGGCUCAGCUGGUACAGCACCACUGCAAACAGGCACAAUCCCACCGCUAACAGGCACGCAUCCACAACCUUCACCAGGUUCCACCCUUCCUCCCUUGGGACAAACAACCACUGAAGGCAGCACACUACUCUCUACGCAGCCAACAUCUCAGGGAAGCACCACCACACUUUUACCGCCAAUUUCCACUACCGUGUCAGUCACCUCCACUGCUUUGCCUCCAACUUCAGGCAAAGCAACAGGCUCAGCUGGUACAGCACCACUGCAAACAGGCACAAUCCCACCUCUGACAGGCACGCAACCACAACCUUCACCAGGUUCCACCCUUCCUCCUUUGGGACAAACAACCACUGAAGGCACCACACUACUCUCUACGCAGCCAAUAUCAGAGGGAAUCACCACCAUGCUCUUACCCCCAGUUUCCACUACUGUGUCAGUCACCUCCACUUCUUCGCCUCCAACUCAAGGCACAAGUACAGGCUCAGCUGGUACAGCACCUCUGCAAACAGGCACAAUCCCACCUGUGCCAGGCAUGCGUCCACAACCUUCACCAGGUUCCACUCUUCCUCCUUUGGGACAAAAAACCACUGAAGGCACCACACUACCCUCUACACAGCCAAUAUCAGAGAGAAGCACCACCACACUUGUACCCCCAGUUUCCACUACCGUGUCAGUCACCUCCACUGCAUCUCCUCCAACUCCAGGCACAGCAACAAGCUCAGCUGGUACAGCACCACUGCAAACAGGCACAAUCCCACCGCUGACAGGCACGCAUCCACAACCUUCACCAGGUUCCACCCUUCCUCCCUUGGGACAAACAACCACUGAAGGCACCACACUACUCUCUACGCAGCCAACAUCUCAGGGAAGCACCACCACGCUUUUACCCCCAAUUUCCACUACCGUGUCAGUCACCUCCACUGCUUCGCCUCCAACUCCAGGCACAGCAACAGGCUCAGCUGGUACAGCACCACUGCAAACAGGCACAAUCCCAACUCUGACAGGCACGCAACCACAACCUUCACCAGGUUCCACCCUUCCUCCUUUGGGACAAACAACCACUGAAGGCACCACACUACUCUCUACGCAGCUAACAUCACAAGGAAGCACCACCACGCUUUUACCCCCAGUUUCCACUACUGUGUCAGUCACCUCCACUGCUUCGCCUCCAACUCAAGGCACAAGUACAGGCUCAGCUGGUACAGCACCUCUGCAAACAGGCACAAUCCCACCUGUGCCAGGCAUGCGUCCACAACCUUCACCAGGUUCCACCCUUCCUCCUUUGGGACAAACAACCACUGAAGGCACCACACUACCCUCUACACAGCCAAUAUCAGAGAGAAGCACCACCACGCUUUUACCCCCAGUUUCCACUACCGUGUCAGUCACCUCCACUGCAUCUCCUCCAACUCCAGGCACAGCAACAGGCUCAGCUGUUUCCACUACUGUGUCAGUCACCUCCACUUCUUCGCCUCCAACUCAAGGCACAAGUACAGGCUCAGCUGGUACAGCACCUCUGCAAACAGGCACAAUCCCACCUGUGCCAGGCAUGCGUCCACAACCUUCACCAGGUUCCACCCUUCCUCCUUUGGGACAAACAACCACUGAAGGCACCACACUACCCUCUACACAGCCAAUAUCAGAGAGAAGCACCACCACGCUUUUACCCCCAGUUUCCCCUACCGUGUCAGUCACCUCCACUGCAUCUCCUCCAACUCCAGGCACAGCAACAGGCUCAGCUGGUACAGCACCACUACAAACAGGCACAAUCCCACCUGUGACAGGCACGCAACCACAACCUUCACCAGGUUCCACCCUUCCUCCUUUGGGACAAACAACCACUGAAGGCACCACACUACUCUCUACGCAGCUAACAUCACAAGGAAGCACCACCACGCUUUUACCCCCAGUUUCCACUACUGUGUCAGUCACCUCCACUGCUUCGCCUCCAACUCAAGGCACAAGUACAGGCUCAGCUGGUACAGCACCUCUGCAAACAGGCACAAUCCCACCUGUGCCAGGCAUGCGUCCACAACCUUCACCAGGUUCCACCCUUCCUCCCUUGGGACAAACAACCACUGAAGGCACCACACUACUCUCUACGCAGCCAACAUCUCAGGGAAGCACCACCACGCUUUUACCCCCAAUUUCCACUACCGUGUCAGUCACCUCCACUGCUUCGCCUCCAACUCCAGGAACAGCAACAGGCUCAGCUGGUACAGCACCACUGCAAACAGGCACAAUCCCACCUCUGACAGGCACGCGACCACAACCUUCACCAGUUUCCACCCUUCCUCCUUUGGGACAAACAACCACUGAAGGCACCACACUACCCUCUACACAGCCAAUAUCAGAGAGAAGCACCACCACGCUUUUACCCCGAGUUUCCCCUACCGUGUCAGUCACCUCCACUGCAUCUCCUCCAACUCCAGGCACAGCAACAGGCUCAGCUGGUACAGCACCACUACAAACAGGCACAAUCCCACCUGUGACAGGCACGCAACCACAACCUUCACCAGGUUCCACCCUUCCUCCUUUGGGACAAACAACCACUGAAGGCACCACACUACUCUCUACGCAGCUAACAUCACAAGGAAGCACCACCACGCUUUUACCCCCAGUUUCCACUACUGUGUCAGUCACCUCCACUGCUUCGCCUCCAACUCAAGGCACAAGUACAGGCUCAGCUGGUACAGCACCUCUGCAAACAGGCACAAUCCCACCUGUGCCAGGCAUGCGUCCACAACCUUCACCAGGUUCCACCCUUCCUCCUUUGGGACAAACAACCACUGAAGGCACCACACUACCCUCUACACAGCCAAUAUCAGAGAGAAGCACCACCACGCUUUUACCCCCAGUUUCCCCUACCGUGUCAGUCACCUCCACUGCAUCUCCUCCAACUCCAGGCACAGCAACAGGCUCAGCUGGUACAGCACCACUACAAACAGGCACAAUCCCACCUGUGACAGGCACGCAACCACAACCUUCACCAGGUUCCACCCUUCCUCCUUUGGGACAAACAACCACUGAAGGCACCACACUACUCUCUACGCAGCUAACAUCACAAGGAAGCACCACCACGCUUUUACCCCCAGUUUCCACUACUGUGUCAGUCACCUCCACUGCUUCGCCUCCAACUCAAGGCACAAGUACAGGCUCAGCUGGUACAGCACCUCUGCAAACAGGCACAAUCCCACCUGUGCCAGGCAUGCGUCCACAACCUUCACCAGGUUCCACCCUUCCUCCCUUGGGACAAACAACCACUGAAGGCACCACACUACUCUCUACGCAGCCAACAUCUCAGGGAAGCACCACCACGCUUUUACCCCCAAUUUCCACUACCGUGUCAGUCACCUCCACUGCUUCGCCUCCAACUCCAGGAACAGCAACAGGCUCAGCUGGUACAGCACCACUGCAAACAGGCACAAUCCCACCUCUGACAGGCACGCGACCACAACCUUCACCAGGUUCCACCCUUCCUCCUUUGGGACAAACAACCACUGAAGGCACCACACUACCCUCUACACAGCCAAUAUCAGAGAGAAGCACCACCACGCUUUUACCCCCAGUUUCCCCUACCGUGUCAGUCACCUCCACUGCAUCUCCUCCAACUCCAGGCACAGCAACAGGCUCAGCUGGUACAGCACCACUACAAACAGGCACAAUCCCACCUGUGACAGGCACGCAACCACAACCUUCACCAGGUUCCACCCUUCCUCCUUUGGGACAAACAACCACUGAAGGCACCACACUACUCUCUACGCAGCUAACAUCACAAGGAAGCACCACCACGCUUUUACCCCCAGUUUCCACUACUGUGUCAGUCACCUCCACUGCUUCGCCUCCAACUCAAGGCACAAGUACAGGCUCAGCUGGUACAGCACCUCUGCAAACAGGCACAAUCCCACCUGUGCCAGGCAUGCGUCCACAAACUUCACCAGGUUCCACCCUUCCUCCUUUGGGACAAACAACCACUGAAGGCACCACACUACCCUCUACACAGCCAAUAUCAGAGAGAAGCACCACCACGCUUUUACCCCCAGUUUCCCCUACCGUGUCAGUCACCUCCACUGCAUCUCCUCCAACUCCAGGCACAGCAACAGGCUCAGCUGGUACAGCACCACUGCAAACAGGCACAAUCCCACCUGUGACAGGCAUGCAACCACAACCUUCACCAGGUUCCACCCUUCCUCCUUUGGGACAAACAACCACUGAAGGCACCACACUACCUUCUACACAGCCAAUAUCAGAGAGAAGCACCACCACGCUUGUACCCCCAGUUUCCACUACCGUGUCAGUCACCUCCACUGCAUCUCCUCCAACUCCAGGCACAGCAACAGGCUCAGCUGGUACAGCACCACUGCAAACAGGCACAAUCCCACCUCUGACAGGCACGCGUCCACAACCUUCACCAGGUUCCACCUUUCCUCCCUUCGGACAAACAACCACUGAAGGCACCACACUACUCUCUACACAGCCAACAUCUCAGGGAAGCACCACCACGCUUUUACCCCCAAUUUCCACUACCGUGUCAGUCACCUCCACUGCUUCGCCUCCAACUCCAGGCACAGCAACAGGCUCAGCUGGUACAGCACCACUGCAAACAGGCACAAUCCCACCUCUGACAGGCACGCGACCACAACCUUCACCAGGUUCCACCCUUCCUCCUUUGGGACAAACAACCACUGAAGGCACCACACUACUCUCUACGCAGCUAACAUCACAAGGAAGCACCACCACGCUUUUACCCCCAGUUUCCACUACUGUGUCAGUCACCUCCACUGCUUCGCCUCCAACUCAAGGCACAAGUACAGGCUCAGCUGGUACAGCACCUCUGCAAACAGGCACAAUCCCACCUGUGCCAGGCAUGCGUCCACAACCUUCACCAGGUUCCACCCUUCCUCCUUUGGGACAAAAAACCACUGAAGGCACCACACUACCCUCUACACAGCCAAUAUCAGAGAGAAGCACCACCACGCUUGUACCCCCAGUUUCCACUACCGUGUCAGUCACCUCCACUGCAUCUCCUCCAACUCCAGGCACAGCAACAGGCUCAGCUGGUACAGCACCACUGCAAACAGGCACAAUCCCACCUGUGACAGGCACACAUGGAGAAAGGAUAACAGGUUCAGCCUCCACGGGUAAGAGUUCUACCAUCACUGGAAGUACUAUGCUUUUAUCCACAAGCCCAGUACAGUCAACAUCAGAGGGAAGCACCACCACAAUUUUAUCUCCAGUUUCCAGUACUGUUGCGGUCUCCCCAACUUUAAGCAUUAGAACCCCUGCAACAUCUACUAUUUCAAGGCUAACUUCUUCAGUAUCUGCAACAACAGAAGGCCCCAGUAUAGCCUACACAGCACAUGAAAAAAGUACAUCUUUCACUUCAAGCAGAGUAACACCGUGUUUAUGCCAUGUCUCUGGUGAUUUCUUUUCUCCCGGUGACGUUAUAUACAACAGAACAGAUAGCACUGGUUGUAGUUUUUAUGCACUUUGCAGUAAAAGAUGUGAAAUUGAACGACUCCAGGGGUCAUGUCCUACAACAGCUCCUGUAUCAUUAAGCCCGUCAUCUACAAUACCAAGCUUAUCAACCCCAACAGCUAUAUCUUCUUCAGUGUCAGCAACUCCAGAAACUAUUCCAAUAUCAGGUUGCCCUGAUGCUGACCCGCCAAGAAAGAUGAAUGAAUCCUGGAUGUUAAACAAUUGUACUAUGGCCACUUGUGAGGGAGACAACAGAAUUGUUCUAUUGCUUCCUCCAGCUGUAGAGAUGAUUACUUGUGCAAGUGGACUCCCACCAAUAAAAGUCUAUGAUGAGGAUGGCUGCAACUACCACUAUGAGUGUGACUGUGUUUGCAGUGGCUGGAGCAGUUCUGACUACUUGACUUUUGAUGGAACUCACUACACAUUCCAUGGCAACUGCACAUACGCGCUGAUGAAACAGAUUGUGCCUAAAUACAAUUUCAGCAUCCUUGUUGAAAAUGACUUCUGUGAUGUGCCUGAUGGACUCUCCUGCCCUAGAUCUAUCAUCGUGAAUUACAACUCCAUGGAAAUAGUGCUGGUCAGUCAGAUACACCAAGGAGAGAAAAAUAAGAUUCUUGUCAACAAAGAGCCAAUCAGUGGAGGCUUCAGCAGAGAUGGCAUUUCAGUUGCCAAUGAUGGAACAUACAUGGUUGUUGAAAUCCCGGACAUCAAGUCCUAUAUCUCCUUCAAUGGACUCACCUUCACAGUAAAAAUGCCAUUCAGCAUGUUUGGACACAACACUGAAGGCCAGUGUGGCACAUGUUCAAAUGACAAAGUGGACGAAUGCCGCAUGCCAAGUGGCAAAGUAAUUUCCUCUUGUUCAGAAAUGGCUGCCGCCUGGCAGGUUCAGGAUGAAAAUAAGCCCAAUUGUGAAGGGCCCCCGGUACCACCUGCCACGCCAACAACUCCACCUGUGCCCUGCAAUUCUACUUCUCCUCUUUGUGAGCUGAUUUUGAGCGAUCUCUUUGCAGAGUGUCACAAGAUUCUGAUGCCCAGCAUAUUCUAUGAGAGUUGCGUCGCCAAAUCAUGCCACAUUACCAAUGAAUCUAUACCAUGCUUCAGCUUGGAAAUGUAUGCCUCCCUCUGCUCUGCUAAAGGUGCCUGUGUUGACUGGAGAAGCAAGACCCAAGGACAAUGCCCAUACAACUGUCCUAAUGGCAAGGUUUAUGAUGCAUGUGGCCCUCUUAAUCCUGUCACCUGUAAUUCCGGAACUGUUUACCACACAAGUGAACAUGUUGCUGAAGGAUGCUUCUGCCCCAAGGAUAAGAUUCUCUUCAAUUCAUACACUGACGUGUGUGUGUCAGAAUGUGCUUGUGUGGGACCAGAUGGAAUGCCCAAAUUGCCUGGAGCCAUUUGGAAGAGUAACUGCCAGGAGUGUGUCUGUGACCCAUUCUCUGUUACUGUACAAUGUAAGUCACUUACAUGUCAGACACCCGAGACACACGUGUGUGAGAAAGAAGGAUUCAUACCUGUCCCAGUGUUGACACCAGAAGACCCAUGCUGUCCUGAAAUUGAAUGCAGAUGCAAUACAAGCGCCUGCUCCCAGGCCAAGAAGACUUGUGAGCCAGGGUAUCAGCUAGCCACUAUCCUUUCAGAAGGAGACUGCUGUGUCAAUUAUACAUGUGAAUCAAUACCAGAUGUCUGUGUGCUUAAUGGAACUAUUUACCAGGCUGGAACGUCUGUUCCAAUGGACUCUUGUAAGACGUGUACCUGCAGUUCUGAAGUAGAUCCAGUCUCCAACAGAAACCUUUUGCAAUGUGAGCUGGUCCGCUGUGACACUACUUGCCCCCUGGGCUAUCAAUACAUGAUGAAAGAUGGAAAGUGCUGUGGAGAGUGUGUCCAGGUGGCUUGCACAAUCAAGCUGACUAACAACACUGUCCAAGUGCUCAAGCCAGGUGAUAUCUGGAAGCCUGAAGAUAAUCCGUGCAGCUUUUACAAAUGUGAACAAAUUGAAGAUCAGCUUGUUUCAGUCACUGUUGUGCGAACAUGUCCUGCCUUUGAACCAGAGAACUGCAAGCCUGAUGAUGUACAGCUGACUGCUGAUGGCUGCUGCAAAACCUGUACCUCUGAAUCAGCAAACUGCAAGGUUAACAAGAACUCAACUGUGGUCCGCCACAAUGAAUGUGAAUCUUCUGAGCCUAUUGAACUGACGUACUGCAAAGGUGUUUGUGCCAGCUCCUCAACGUAUUCCUUUGAAACACAGCAGAUGCAACACAAGUGUAGCUGCUGCCAGGAACUCAAGAGCCACAAGAGAGAGGUGACCCUGACAUGCAGCGAUGGAACAAGCAUGAAUUAUGACUAUGUCUAUGUGGAACAGUGCGAAUGCAUGACUGGGUGCAUUUCAGAAACCACAACCACACAACAGCUCCAACAGGAAAAAGAGCAGAAAAGAACAAGAUGAUCAUAGGAAAAAAGAACCCGAGAAGUCUAAAGCAGUUAAAAUCAAAAGCAACAUAGAUAAAAUAACCUGUGCUCCAGCUUAAAACUCUGUUUCUUACUUAUUUCAGCUUCCACUAUCAUCAUUUUUCACUUCUUAAAUUUGAGAAUAUUCAGCAGCCAAAUAACUAAGUCUUCAUAUGUAUUUUUAUUUCUAAACAAUACAACUUUUGAGGGGGAAAGGAUGAACAAAAUUAUAACUUGCAUUGUUAGAGUUUUGAGUUAAACCAAAAAGUACUUCCCUUUACCAUUUCCCCUGUGAAGUUCAGAGACCAUUUAGUUCUAUUCUUUUCACCUAUUUCUUUUUUUAGUAUUCUCAUUGUUUCAAUGGGUCACCCAUUAUGGUUAUUUGUGUGCACGUGUAAAUCUAAAAACAACUGAAGACCCCCUAAAAAAUAUCCCUUGUUUACAUCAUGGGAAUUCGCAAUUAUUCCAGUCAACUGUUUACAACAUUAAUGUUUUAGCAAGAAGUAGUAGGAUGACUCUUUAAAACAAAAAUAAUGGUGAUGGUGAGCUAAUGUUUUACGUAGAAAACUGAAUUUUGUAGUUACGUUGCACUGUCCUUUGCUAUUUAUUUGUGAGUAGAGAGAAUUUUAUGGGGCGGGGGUGUUCACUGUCUAUGGAUUUGUAUGGGGUUAACAGGCAAUC